CACCCACUGCCAUUGCUCAGCCCAAGCUCAGCCCACGGCGGGCCCGACUCGGAGUCCUUUACCCUCUUAGCACGUCAAUCAGUCUCAGGAAACGCGUUUCUGCGCAAGGGUUUCUACAAGCAGAUCACUAUGGUGCAGUCACAGGAGAGCUUCAUGUUUACGGUCGGGAAGUUGGACGCCGGGAUGGCUAUCCUGCUGGGGGAGCGGGCGCACCUAAUCGAGUUCCCAUCCUUGCUACUACCGCCCGGGGCGACCACAGGCUCCAUAGUCAACAUCUCCGUACAACGCAAUGUUGUCGAAGAGAAGAAACGCGAUACCGACUUCUGGAGCCUACAGAACGACAUUCUACUGACAUAUGGAACGAAGUCCCCCGAGAACCCGAAGCUAGAGGUCCGGAACGUCACCCAGACGUCCGUAACGCUAGAAUGGCCUGCGCUCAAACUUGCCACGGCAAAGCUCCGCUCCCUUGAUAUCUACCGCAACCGGCAGCGCCUCGCAUCAAUCCCGUCCCCACUCACCAACACCUCCACGAAGCUCUCUGGCCUGCAGAUCGACACCGAGUAUACUUUCCAGCUCGUUCUGCGCACCACCGCGGGCGUGUUCCCGUCCAACCUCCUUCGCGUACGCACGCACACAAUGACGGACACCUCCGGCAUCUGCGUGUGCUUCGGGAACGUGCAGGACCCCGUCCAGCUCGAGAACUCGAAGAUGGCGUUGCAGGAGAUGGGUGCGAAGUGGAGCGACAAGAUCGAGAUCGACACGACGCACUUCGUGUGCACGACCCCUGCUGCUACGCCCAGCGGCGCGGCCGCGUCGGGCGGCCUCACCACCGCUCCCGGUGUGGAGUACCAGAAGGCCCUGCAACUCAGCAUCCCCGUCGUGCAGCCACACUGGAUCCUCGCAUGUCAUUCCACGAAGAAAAUGGUGCCCAUCCACCCUUACUACCUCGGCGCGACACCACCCGCAGCCGCGCAGUUCACCCGGCCACAGUCCAUGUCUCAAGCGAGCCUCCAGCGCGCCCAGAGCGCCUCGCCCUCGCAACAACAGCACCCCAACCGUGCCGCAAACCGGCAGUCCAUGCCCCCGCAGCGCGUCUCGUCCGCCUCGCCGCCCGCCGCCGCAGCGCACCGCUUCGAACCCAUGCCGGAGGAGCAGGAAGACGAAGGCGACGAGGUGAGCGCGAGCCAUUCGGGACACAUCCGCAAAGGCACGAUGACGAAGAACUUUAAGUUCCCCCCACCGUCGCCCCCGCCGCCCGUCCCGCCCAUGCCGACGGAGCCUGCACCGACGUCCCCACCCCACCAGCAGUCAACGUCGCCGCGGCAUGAGUCAGAGCCGAAGCCUCGCAAGGAGGCGGCGGCCCCGCCGGAUAGCGCGCCGCCUGUGUCGGCUGGGCGUAGAGCGUCGACUGAGGAGGCGAGAUUAUCGCCCGUCCCGGUCAUCACACCGUCUGUCGUUGAGGUCCCGCCACCGCCACCUGUAGACAAGGAGAUCGCGCCGCGUAUCCCGGAGGGCGACGACGACCUCGGAGAGACCGAAGAGAUCUCGCUGAAUUGAUAUCCCUUGUGACAUCCUAUUACUGGAGGCCUUUACAUCGCCCGUUGCUUUCGUGUGGUGGAAUUAUUUAAUAGUUUGUUCUUGCACGUACUUCGGGGUUGUAGUGUACAUGGCUUCCGUGAGUAGACUUGCCGUUUUGCGGUGCGCAUCGUGCAGCCGUGACCUCGUCACAGAACUGGAAACAUAUCACCGGCAUCGAUGUCUUUGAGCUGGCAGCAGCCUUACGGAGUUCAGGGUACAUCGAAGUACUAGUAAUCAGCGUAACAGAUGACCAAGAUGUCAGCGAUGCUGGUCCAGGACUUGCUACUCAUGA